ACGGGCUACUACUGGGAUGGAAAUGCCGUUAAAGCCCCAAAGUCCAAACCGAUAAGCUCUGAAAUUCAAAUAUUCAACUAAUGCCAUGGCCAGUCUCACUGUAUGCCACUGAAGCAACUACGUUUCGGAUUUGCUCCAUAUGGUUUUCUUUUCAUGCGAUGAGAGGUAAGGCGAUUUUCCUAUCUCCCCGUUUCUAUGUUUUCCUGUACGAUAUUACGGUGGUAUUCGAGCAACAAUUUGGAUGAAAAGCAUCCAACUUCCGUUUCUGGUUGUAUCUUUGUGAUAUUUGCAAAAGAAAUCUUCUGAUAGCUUCAUGACUGUGAUGGAGCUCUGUUCUUCAAGGAUUUGUGGUUCCAAUAUUAGGUGUGGUGUACGGACAGACAGUAAACCAUCUAUUCUAAACGAUUAUAUUUUCUUUAGAAGAAAAACAAUGGGAAAUUUGAAGGUUUUUUCAUGUGGGUUUCUUUUGAAUGGAAAAAAAAACUGGAAAAAUCAAGUGGGUUUUUGUGGGUUUGUGAUAGGCAAUUCAUAUGUAGUGAUGGGAAUGAAAGAGAGAGCCAAAGAUAGGUUGCAUCCUGACAAGGUAAUUCAGAUUCUGAAGUCCAUGUCUGAACCAAUUCAGGCUUUCUCGUUUUUCAAAUCAGUCGCCCAACGUCCCCUUGUUGUCCACAGCACUGAGUCCUGCAAUUACAUGCUUGAGCUCUUGAGAGUCCACGGGAAGGUAGGAGAGAUGGCUGUUGUAUUUGAUUUGAUGCAGAAGCAAAUCAUAAAGAGGAAUUUGGAGACCUACUUGACUAUUUUCAAAAGUUUAUCUGUACGAGGAGGGAUUUGUCAGGCUCCAUUUGCGCUUGAACGGAUGAGCAAAGCUGGUUUUGUUUUGAAUGCCUUCUCGUACAAUGGUUUGAUCCAUUUGCUUCUUCAAUCUGGGUUUCUUAGGGAGGCUAUGUUGGUUUACAGAAGAAUGGUUUCUGAAAGGAUUAAACCUAGUUUGAAGACUUACUCUGCACUUAUGGUAGCAUCUGGGAAGAGAAAGGACACCAAAACAGUUAUGAAUUUGUUGGAAGAAAUGGAAAGUAUAGGUUUACGACCGAAUAUUUACACAUUCACAAUAUGCAUUAGGGUGCUUGGACGUGCUGGGAAAAUAGAUGAAGCAUGUGGGAUUCUGAAGAGAAUGGAUGAGGAGGGAUGUGGACCUGACGUUGUUACUUAUACAGUUCUCAUUGAUGCCCUUUGCAAUGCUGGUAGACUUGACACUGCCAAGAAAUUAUUUUUAAAGAUGAAAUCUAGCAGUCAUAAACCUGAUCGGGUAACUUAUAUCACCUUGUUGGACAAGUUCAGUGAUUUUGGGGAUUUCGACUCGGUGAGAGAAUUUUGGACGCAGAUGGAAGCUGAUGGUUAUGUUGCGGAUGUGGUUGCUUUCACAAUACUUGUGGAUGGUUUAUGCAAAGCAUAUAAGAUUGAUGAGGCAUUUGGCACAUUGGAUGUCAUGAGAAAGAAGGGUGUGAAACCAAAUCUGUAUACAUACAAUACCCUGAUUUCUGGGCUUCUGAGAGUAAAUAGGUUGAAUGAAGCACUAGAACUGUUCAACUCUAUGGAAUCUCAAGGUCUUGAGCCCACUGCUUUUACUUACAUCCUAUUCAUUGACUACUAUGGCAAGUUAGGGGAGUCUGGCAAAGCUGUAGAGACCUUUGAGAAGAUGAAGAAUAUGGGAAUUGUUCCCAAUGUGGUUGCUUGCAAUGCAUCUUUGUACAGCCUUGCAGAACAAGGUAACAUUGGCCAUGCAAGGAAUGUUUUCAAUGGACUUAAGAAUCAUGGCCUUACUCCCGAUGCUAUAACCUAUAAUUUGAUGAUGAAGUGCUACUGUAAGGCAGGGAAAAUAGAUGAAUCUGUAAAAUUACUCUCUGAGAUGAUGGGAAAUGGAUGUGAUCCUGAUGAGAUUACAUUCAAUUCCUUAAUUGACUCACUUUACAAGGCCCAUCAAGUUGAUGAGGCAUGGAAAAUGUUUCACAGGAUGAAGAAGAUGAAGCUUGUUCCCACAGUUGUGACCUACAAUACAUUGUUGGCUGGAUUAGGUAAAGAGGGUAGAGUGCAAAAGGCCAUAGAAUUAUUCGAGAGUAUGAGAACAUAUGGUGUUCCUCCAAACACAGUAACAUUCAACACACUUCUUGAUUGCCUUUGUAAGAAUGGAGAGGUCAAGUGGGCCUUGGAAAUGUUUUCUGGAAUGACAAAAAUGGAAUGUUGGCCUGAUGUAUUUACAUACAACACUGUCAUUUAUGGUCUAGUGAAGGAAAACAGAGCUGAUUAUGCAUUUUGGAUCUUCCAUCAGAUGAGGAAACUGUUCUAUCCUGAUUUUGUGACUUUGUGCACUCUCCUUCCGGUGGUGGUAAAAAGUGGGCAGAUUCAGGAUGCUUUCAAGAUUGUCGAGAAGUUUUUCUAUCAGGUUGGAUAUGAAGCAGAGAGGACAUCUUGGGAAAAUCUGAUGGAAGCGAUUUUAUGUGAAGCUGGAAUAGAGCUGUCUAUCAUAUUUUCUGAAAGAUUGGUGUCUGCUGGGAUUUGCAAGGAUGAUUCCAUACUAAUCCCUCUACUCAAGUGUUUGUUCAGGCACAAUAAAGCUGCUGAUGCUAAUAAAUUAUUUGAUAAAUUCACGAAGAUGUCUGGAAUUACGGCAACACUUGAAGUUUAUAAUUCUUUAAUGGAAGGCCUCCUUGCAAACCAACUAACUGAAAUGGCUUGGGCUCUAUUUGAAGAGAUGAAGAAGGCUGCUUGUGCUCCCGAUAUUUUCACCUACAAUUUGUUACUUGAUUCUCUGGGAAAGUCGGAGAGGAUUGAUGAACUUUACAAACUGCGUGGAGAGAUGCUUGCUAGGGGAUGCCAACCAAACACCAUAACUCACAACAUUGUCAUAUCCAGCCUUGUCAAGUCGAACAUGUUAGAUGAGGCUAUAGACUUGUACUAUGAUCUUAUGAGUGGAGACUUUACUCCCAGUCCUUGCACAUAUGGCCCCCUUAUAGAUGGGCUUUCAAAGUCAGGAAGGGUAGAGGAAGCAAAGCAAUUCUUUGAGGAGAUGGUUGAAUAUGGAUGUAAACCUAACUGUGCUGUUUACAAUAUUCUAAUUAAUGGAUUUGGGAAGGUGGGUGAUGUGGAAACUGCGUGUUUGCUGUUUGAAAGGAUGCGUAAAGAAGGAAUUAGACCAGAUGUAAAGACCUAUACUAUUCUUGUUGAUUGCCUUUGCAUGGUGGGGAAGGAUGGUGAUGCUUUGCACUAUUUUGUGGAACUGAAAUUAACUGGCCUUGAUCCUGAUUUGGUUGCGUACAACCUGAUGAUUGAUGGGCUUGGGAAAUCACUGAGAGUAGAAGAGGCUCUCUCUCUUUUCCAUGAGAUGCAAAAUAGAGGAAUUAGCCCUGACCUUUAUACCUGCAAUUCCUUAAUACUUAAUCUUGGGAAGGUUGGCAUGGUAGAGGAAGCAAGAAAGAUCUACGAAGAGCUCCAACUUAAGGGCCUUGAACCUAAUGUUUUCACAUAUAAUGCCCUAAUUCGAGGGUAUAGCAUGUCAGGAAAUCUUGACCAUGCAUAUGCAGUCUAUGAAAAGAUGAUGGUUCGGGGUUGCACUCCCAACAAAGAAACAAUUGCUCACCUCCCUAAUCAAUCUUGAGCUUUCUAGGUAUAUACCAUGCACACUCUUUUUCCGCUUUCAAUUGAUUCCCUGUGCUUGAAGCAUAGAGAAUUACUCCAUAUUCUUUC